GCUUUUUCUAGUUCCCAUUCCACUCGCCAAAGGCGAAUCAAUUCUCUUCCUCCUGUGGUAAGUUGCUGAAACUAUUACAGGACUUUUGCAGCCCCCUGAAUGAGGAGAACUUAAUGGGUGACUUAUGGUUCACCUAGUCCCAAAACUUGAAAUGCAGUGUGGUCUUUGAUGAUGAAGUUACACCUCCCAGAAACACAGACAGAUCCCUAUAUUACAUAAUGCUCUUGUUUUACUUACUUUGACUUCCAGUUUCCUGUCACUGAAGCAUCAUCUAUCAUCCCCCAUCAGCACCAGAAAAAGCAAACGGCUUUUGUACAGUUGGGAUUACUCCAUCCUAGAAGUGUGUUUGUGAGUAUUACUCUUCUACGUAUACGUUGA